CUGCUUUAGCUUUUGAUGAAAGCAAAGUUGUUUUUUGCAUUUUUGGUGCUAUCUGAAAUUUCUGGAUUCGAUAAAAAUUUACCUACAAUUUUCGUCGUUCAUGGAUGGUUGUCUGGAUAUAAAUUGUUAAAUGAAUUUCAAGGGGCCUGGAGCCAUCUAUGGAGAAAAAUGAACCUGAUUGGAAUUGAUUGGUCAGCUGGAUCGUCAACUGGGAACUAUUAUAGAGCCAUGAAAAGAACCCCAACAGUUGGCAGUGCAAUUGGACAGUUUAUCAUGGGUGCAAUUAGAAAUGGGCUCAUAGCGAACCCGUACAGCAUUCACAUCGUUGGUCAUAGUUUGGGGGCACAUGUUGCGGGUUUUGCUGGGAAAUAUAUGGCUUCGAGUGGACCAAAUCCAAUAAAAUUACGGCAUAUUAGUGCACUUGACCCAGCUGAUCUAUUUAUUGGAAGUUAUGAAUGCCCUCGUCGACUAUGCCACACUGAUGCUACCUUUGUGGAAACCUUUCAUACCAGUUACAUCUAGGGAUGUACAAGCCAAUUGGAUCUCUUGACCUAUACGUGAAUGGUGGAAAGUACCAACCACAUUGUUAUACUCCCACAUGUUCUCAUUCUUAUGCUCAUGAGUUGUAUCGAGAUGCUUUAGAUCGAUUUCGACUCGAUGGAUGGCUGUGUAACACUCUCCAACAAAUGGAAAAGGAGAAACGUUGCAAGGGCAACAGUAAUCCGCGUAGAUAUGGCAUCGAAAUCAUACAACAGGGAUUACCAAAUAGCGGUAUUGUGUAUACACCUACUACAACCUCAAGAGACAUUGGAGACAAUGUUACAACAACAAGAAAGGAAAUUCGCACAGAUCAAGCGGCGGGUGACUACACUACCGUCGUUUUUGGAGCUAAUCUCAAUAAUGCGGUGGUGCUCGUUUCGCUUCUAAGUGAUGAUGGACAUCUUAUCAUUGAAAAUCGGAACGACGAGGUUGUCGUUGUAAAUCCGGCCAAUGCUGCCUGGACACCCGAUCCAAAAUACCAUAUUUGCGGGGAAACGGAAUCGCGACGCAUUGCGCAGCGUUUAAGUGAAUUGACAGGACCAUUCCGGUUUGUUGUCGCAUUUGAUGCCACCGACAUGUUCACCGAUUCAUUCUGGGAGAUGAUUUACUAUUUGGCAGACUAUCAGAAAUCUGCGACAGACGUCGACGAAAUUCAAAUGAUUGCUAUGGACAUUCCACAUGACGGUAUUCCGUUGCAACGACAUUCCGACCAGUUGAGACAGGCAAUCGAGAAUGGACUUCAACCACAACAUGCUGCCGAUGUUAGGAUGGCGGGAAUGCACGCUAUUGAAGAAACUGGUGUUGUUAGUCAAAUGGCAGAGCUUCAACAAGAACUGGUCGUUGUUAAAAAUGCUGUCGG